CCUUGGCACGACAUGUGACCCCAUCUCGGGGGGGGGGGGGGUCAGACCCCUAGUCACAGUGCGAGGCCGCCCUUGGCCCCUCUCUGUCCCUACUUGUUCUGUUUUGCUGGCGGGGAAACUGCUCAGCCACUGGGUAGGUCUUAGGGACAAUAUAGGUGACUUAAAAGCACCCCGGGCUUUGAAGAGAGAAGCCCCUGUUGUCUCCUGAACCUAUGGUGGCGUCUGGCUCCUGAGCCGCAGGGUCCUGUGCUAAGCCUGCUAAUGGUAACAAUGGUAACCAGGUUCUCUUGAACUUGAUCUCAUGUGAUAUCCAUAACAACCUUGAGGGCUGAGCAAAGCUGGUAAAUUACCCCUUCUUUAUAAAAGAGGAAGUUGAGCCACCGAGCAUUCCCUGCAGGGUUUGGGGAGGGGGAGAGCAGGAAGCAGGCAGAGCUCAGGUCUCUCCUGGGAGUCCCGAGCACAUCUGCAUUUCCCACCACAGGAAUCAUCUGCUUGAUAUCAGUGCUUGGGAUGAGCUGGUAUCUCCCAUGGGGGGGUUUGAGGUAGUGUUCUGUAGAAGCAUUUUUAAGAGAAGUAAUGAGUUAUUUUUUAGUGCAUGUAGCGUUUGUGAUUUUUCCAAAGGAGGGAUGGGGGUCUUGAUUUAGGCUCUCAGUUUGUUAGCCCUGCAAAAGUUCACUGGCAAUUAUAGUUAUUGCUAUAGUGGCUAUGGUAUAUAUAAUAUAUUGCUAUAAUAGCCAUUACGAUAGAAUUUAUCUCCUUCUCCAUGAAAAGGAAUCAAAUGCUUGAAGUAGGUAAAGGAACUGUAAAUAGGAUGGCAAAUUUUCAGGGAGCGCACCUUCUAGAAGCCUGAAACUUGGAGGUCUGACUUUUUUUUAGGCCAGCACUUGAAGAAGUGAUCAGUAUACCCGCAGCUCCUGUCUAGAAAACUUAACUUACUAACUUGGGCGCACCGUUCUGCUAAGUGAACAAACUUAGAACUAGUUCUGUGUUUAAAAUGGAAUUCUUGAAGUCAACCCAUGUACAUCUACCCUUCCCCUCCAUCCUGCGUUUUCUCUUUGAAAUUUUUUUAAUGUUUAUUUUUGAGAGAGAGAGAGAGCGCGAGAGAGGGCGAGCAUGAAGAGGGGAGGAGCAGAGAGAGAGGGAGACACAGAAUCCGAGGCAAGCUCUCCGAGCUGUCAGCACAGAGCCCGACGCAGGGCUCGAACCCAUGAACCGCGAGACCGUGACCUGAGCAGAAGUCGGAGGCUCAAAUGACUGAGCCACCAGGCGCCCCUUCAUCUGCAGUUGUUUCUUGUUGUUUCUUGUGUAUUCUGGCGGUUAAUGUCUGACUAAUCGAUUUGCAACUGUGCCGUGGGAACAGUCUCCCAGGUACGAGUGUCCCGGUCCCUGCUCUUCUCCAGCUCCAGGCUUCAGGGAGGCUCCAAGGUCGUUCACCUAGGCUGACUUUCUAGCACUAAGCGCUGGUAGGGACAAAACACAAACUCUGGAAGUCAGAUCAGAUGAAAGUGACUUGUCUGUCUGGUGUGCCACUGGCCCCUCAGAUCCUUCAGCUGACUGGUCUUCGUUGGUGUACAAGAGGAUAGCGUGGGACUGGUGUUGCGGUCUCACACCGAGAAGCCCUGUAGCGGCUGCUGUCAGAGGCUGACCUUAACCGUGUGGCGUGGGGUCUCUGGGGUGGGAGCUGACCUUUGGUGUCGAGCAGGCGUUCCCGGCGUCAAGGGUGUAUGAAGUAGCAAAGUGAUUUUGACUGGCCACUUUCUUCAGCGACCAGGACGUGAUGCAGCCGGAAUCUUGAACGCCGGGGGAUUUUGUAAGACAGCAGAUGUCAUGUCCCAGACAUGCUGUCGGGCUCCCGGGGGCGGCGACUCAUUUCCUGGCUGCCGCUUUCUUGUUCCUGGAACUCAGCGUGAGCCCGGGCGGGAGCAGUUCCACGGCCUGGGUUCCAUGUACUGCCGGGGAGCGACCGCGGUCAUCCUCAUCUACGACGUCAACCACCCUCAGAGUCUGCUGGAGCUGGAGGACAGGUUCCUGGGCCUGACGGACACAGCCAGCACUGACUGCCUCUUUGCCAUUGUGGGGAACAAGGUGGACCUCGUCGAGGAGCCGGCUGCAGAGGACCAGCAGAAGGACGGGCGGGGCCCUGGGGUGGCUGGGCGUGGCGGUGGAGCGCCCAAAGCGCCCAAGCAGGUGCAGCCAGAGGACGCGGUGGCAUUGUAUAGAAAGAUCCUGAAGUACAAGAUGCUGGACGAGAAGGAUGUGCCGGCCGCUGAGCAGAUGUGCUUUGAGACCAGUGCGAAAACCGGGCACAACGUGGACCUGCUGUUUGAAACCUUGUUCGACCUGGUGGUGCCUGUGAUCUCGCGGCAGAGAGCCCAGGGGCCGCCGCAGACCGUGGACAUCGCCACUUAUAAGACGCCCGGACAGACCCCAUCUGGGUGCUGUGCCUGAUGCAUGGGGGCGCCGAGCCCCGGGGUACACGAUCGGCCAGGGGAUGACCAGCGCAGUCGGAGGGCGGGUGGAGAGCCCAGCAUGUUCCUUAGUGGGGCCGCACACCAGGAGGAGGUCCCGGGGCCAACGCCAGCUGGUGGUUUUGCGGCCGCUGGGAACGGUCCCUCGGUCUGUGUCACUGUGCCGGGAGGUGGGGGGACAAGCGAAUCCCCUGCAGAAACCACUCUUCUGAGCCGAGACACCCAGAGACCGCUGUCCCCUGCUGCCUCUUCCCUAACAACCUGGCCUUGCCAGAGGCCGUGGCCAGGCUUUGGAGGGCACCCAGCGUGGCCCCCGCACCACUCUUAUGUUGUUCUCAGACAUCGGUGCCUCCUGGGUCCUACCAUUUGGUACUUGUGUCCUGAGGUAGCACAAUGAUUCUGGACAUGUGAGCUUCUACGCAAUCAGGAAUCCCUGCUUCGACGUGGGUGCAGCCGUAUGAGUGUGCGUAUUAUUAAAAAGGAUUAUAGGAAGA